UGUAUGUAGAUAAUCAUAAAUUCUUCAUCAACUAAUCAAGUGAUUACAUUGUAAGAAAUAGAAGUUCUAGAACUGAAUAUUAGUCUUGUUCAUGAUCUCUUGUGGUGUAAUCACGAAUUUUAUUUCUAUAACACCAUCUAACUAUCAUACAUUAACUUCUUAAUUAAAUGGAAAGUCUUUUGAACUAUUAGUAAUGAGUUUUAAAUAAUUUUAUUAUUCAGAGUAACUUUAUUAUAAUUAAUAUAUUUUUUUGAUAUAAAUAUUUUUUAUCAUCAUGAAGAUUUCAACAAUAUACUCUGCUAUGUUAAUUCCAAUAUGCGGGUAUAUUUUUAAUUUUUUUGUAAUUGAUUUCGUGGCAGCGGAUUUUCCUGAAAUAAUGGAAAGGAAUUCACCAUUAUAUGCAAUUGUUUCUAAUUCGCAUAUCUUAAACAGUUCAAGUGUAUGCAGAAAUGAACUCAGCAUUUUAGAAGAAGGAAUUGAUAAUCGAUUAAUAUGGAGCUUAAAGGUUUUGGAUACGAAUGGUGUACCAGAACCAGGUUUUAUUACUGGCAACAUUUUUUGGCUUGGCUUAAGAAGUCAAUGUCUUGACUUGGGAAAUCGUCGGCGUCUUGAAACUUCUCCAGAAUUGUUCGAAAAAUUUUCCAUAGCUCAUAAAUUUGAUGAAGAAUUCCCACCUUUUGAAGUGAAUUAUUUUAUUGCACGAGCACAGCAUAAUGCAACCAUCCAAUUUCACUUUGAUAGACCAUUUGAAGACACUAUAAAUAUUGGGCUGUGUCUUCCUAAAUCAUGUUCGACAAAAGAAAUAAGCUUAAUUUUAAAAAAGAUUUUCAAGGAAAAAACAUUAAUAUUUACUAAUGUAUUUUCAUUUAAUUUAAACCUUAUACGAGUAAUUAAUUUUGAAAACGAUUAUGAGUGGCUUUAUAAUUGGCGUAGUAUAACUGUUGGAACUAUUUUAAUAAUUCUUUUUUUGAUGAUUGUUUUUGGUACAAUAUACGAUUUUAUCAUUCAUCAAAAACGUAUAGAAAAAUUCAACAGUGCAAAAAAUGAAAAUAAUUCAGAAGAAACAUAUAAGCCAACAAAAGCAGAAAAAAUUUUAAUAGGCUUUUCUGCUUAUUCAAAUUCUUUACUCAUAUUCAAUACCAAGUCUUCAUCAAAAAACAUUGGAGCUAUUAAUGGAAUAAAGUCUAUGAGUUUAUUAUUCACAUUUCUCGCUCAUAUAUGUGUUUUUUCAGAUAAUUUUUUUGAUAAUCGCAUUAGGGCAUUUAGAUUGACUGAAGGAAUGCUAGCUCAAUUAAUCACUAAUGCGAGUUUAUUUGUAGAUUCUUUUUUAGUAGUUAGCGGUUUUUUAAUAUCUUGGAGUCAUUUUAAUCGACGAGAGAAGCUCAAAGAAAAGGGAAAUGUUAAUACUAAAUUUCAAUGGAAUGUACUUUUCCAUCGUAUUAUAAAAAGAUUUGUUAGAUUGACUCCAGUCUACAUGUUGAUAAUUGGAAUUGCAUGGAUGUAUUACAAUUGGAUCACGAGGAAUUCUGUGUUUGAAAUUAGUGAAAAUCAAUUAGAAACGUGUGCCACAUACUGGUGGAGAAAUCUUUUAUACAUUAAUAAUUUUUUUUCUUAUAAAGAUGUGUGUUUUCUUUGGAGUUGGUAUUUAUCUGUUGACAUGCAUUGCUUCAUCAUUGGCCAGAUAUUGCUUUGUUUAUCAGAUAUAUUCUUUUCUUUAGCAGCAGCACUAACAUGCUGUAUCAUGAUUGGAUCCAUGAUACUCUUUGCUCAUAUUUCUUACACAAACAAAUAUAUAUACACAAUGGAAGAAUUAGCGAAGAAGUUUGAUUUGAUUUAUACUCCAACAUGGAUACGAAUUAAUCCAUAUUUAAUUGGGAUGAUUACAGGAUAUUUUUUGAUAAAAUUGAAAGGCAAACUGGAAAUUGAAAAAAAAACAUUAUGGGCACUUUGGAUUAUCGGAUUAUUAUGCAUCUUUGUUGCUUUAUUUGGAUCAACAAAUAAAAAUGUGUCUUUUACAACAGCAGCAAUUUACGUAGCGUGUAGUAGGACAGUUUGGGCAAUUGGUAUUGCUUGGAUAUUAGUCGCUUGUUCGACUAAUCAUGCAGGAAUUGUGAAUAGUUUUCUUUCCUUUAAAUUUUGGAUACCUAUAAGUCGAUUGACUUUGAGUGCAUAUUUACUUAAUCCAAUUGUUACUCAAUCAAUUUUUCUUCUUUCUGAGAGAUCUUUACACAUUGAAAUGUUGAAUUUAAUCGCCCUAGCACUUGGUGCAUCAUUUCUCACUUAUGCUUGUGGUUUCAUCAUGUCAAUUGUGGUAGAAAUUCCAAUGCUACUUUUCUUUGUCAAUUGUUUGGGUCUAUAAUUUUUAACAUUUCGAAUCGAUAAUUUCGUGAGUUGAACAAAAAUGUCAAGUAUCCUAUGAAAAUCAAUUUAUUCAUUUGGAAUUGAAAUUAUUACGGUACCAUUGUCAAAAGAGUCUACAUAAUAAUUGAACUAACGAAUGUAGAAAUCUACUUGUACAGUUAUUCAUACCAAGACCCAGACUAGUUGUAUUGAGCAACGUAGCAGAAGAUUCCAAUGUUAUCGUUCUCUGUGGAUACUUACUUCUUUGAUGGUACAAUAAUUUUUGAAUGAUGAAUACCAGAAUGCUUUCCAUCCAAGGAUAAUGAUUAAAUUAAAAAGAAGUAAUACGUGAAAUUAAUUUUAUUGAUGAGUGUAUCGUGUGAGAUAAUAAAUAUUUUAAGUAUUGA